GGCUUCGCGUUCGGCCGGGCCACGGGGCUCCCUUCCCACCAGCCAGUCCGGAGAACAACGGGCCGGGCUUCCGGGGAGAGGGCCCACACCUUCUCUCCGGCACCAGCCUCCUCCAUAUUUCGCGGCCUUGCGUGGAGCAUUUUGGCGGAUGUAUUUGAAUGAAUGAAUGUCCCUGGGGCCCUUUCCGAUCUCCCAGUCUCCCCAAGCAUCUGCGGGUGGCGUGGCAUCGUGAGAGGAGCGCUAAGCGCUAAGUUGUUGGCGACCUGGGUGCGAGUCUCAGUUUUGUCACUAAUUGGUGAUGUGACCCUGGGCAAGUCUCAGUCUCUGUGAGCUUCAGUUUCCUUUUCUUUAAAGUAGCUUGACAGUAUCACCCACCACUAAUUUAUUGUGAGGGCAGACUGGAACAAUGUUUUUUCUAAGACUCUGAAAGAGGACAACAUUCCCAAUGUCCCAGUUUAAGCGCCAGCGGAUCAACCCGCUUCCAGGGGGACGCAACUUCUCAGGCGCAGCUUCAACAUCUCUUUUGGGUCCUCCUCCUGGUUUGCUUACUCCUCCUGUGGCCACAGACCUGUCCCAAAAUGCCAGGCACCUUCAGGGUGGGGAGAAGCAGCGGGUCUUCACUGGCAUUGUUACCAGCUUACAUGACUACUUCGGGGUAGUAGAUGAAGAGGUCUUUUUUCAGCUAAGUGUGGUGAAGGGCCGGCUGCCCCAGCUGGGUGAGAAGGUGCUGGUGAAGGCUGCAUACAACCCAGGCCAGGCAGUGCCCUGGAAUGCUGUCAAGGUGCAAACGCUCUCCAACCAGCCCCUGCUGAAGUCCCCCGCACCUCCCCUUCUCCAUGUGGCAGCCCUGGGCCAGAAGCAAGGGAUUCUGGGAGCUCAGCCCCAGCUGAUCUUCCAGCCUCACCGGAUUCCCCCGCUCUUUCCUCAGAAGCCUCUGAGUCUCUUCCAAACAUCCCACACACUUCAUCUGAGCCACCUGAACAGAUUUCCUGCUCGGGGCCCUCACGGACGAUUGGAUCAAGGCCGAAGCGACGACUAUGACUCCAAGAAACGCAAACAGCGGGCUGGUGGAGAGCCUUGGGGUGCUAAGAAACCAAGGCAUGACCUGCCUCCUUACCGGGUCCAUCUCACUCCCUAUACUGUGGACAGCCCCAACUGUGACUUCUUAGAGCUCCAGCGCCGCUACCGCAGCCUCCUGGUUCCCUCUGAUCUCCUGGCUGUGUGUCUGAGCUGGCUGUCAGCCUUCCCUCUGAGCCAGCCCUUUUCCCUCCAUCCUCCAAGCCGCAUCCAGGUAUCUUCUGAGAAGGAGCCAGCUCCAGAUGCUGGUGCUGAACCCAUCCCUGCAGACAGUGACCCCACUUAUAGUUCUAAGGUACUGCUGCUCUCGUCCCCGGGACUGGAGGAGUUCUAUCGUUGUUGCAUGCUCUUUGUGGAUGACCUGGCUGAGCCGAGGGAGACACCAGAACACCCUCUAAAGCAGAUUAAGUUUUUGCUGAGCCGGAAAGAAGAAGAAGCAGUGCUGGUUGGGGGUGAGUGGUCUCCCUCUCUGGAUGGCCUCGACCCCAAGGGCGACCCGCAGGUGCUAGUCCGCACGGCCAUCCGCUGUGCGCAAGCCCAGACUGGCAUUGACUUGAGCGCCUGCACGAAGUGGUGGCGCUUUGCGGAGUUUCAGUACCUGCAGCCGGGUCCCCCGAGGCGGCUCCAGACUGUGGUGGUGUACCUGCCUGACGUCUGGACCAUCAUGCCUACUUUGGAAGAGUGGGAGGCCCUGUGCCAGCAGAAAGCUGCAGAGGCAGCUGCCCCAACCCAAGAGGUGUCUGGGGACACAGAGCCUCUGGAGCAGAUAGCUGACAUAUCAGAGCCAGUAGCCGACACCUCUAAACAGAACGCAGAGAAUCCAGAGGCCACCGCGCAGCAGGAAGUGGACACCGAUCUCCCAGAGGCGCCCCCACCUCCUCUAGAACCUGCCAUCAUGGCACGCCCUGGCUGUGUCAACCUGUCCCUACAUAGUAUUGUGGAGGACCGGAGGCCAAAAGAAAGGAUCUCCUUUGAAGUGAUGGUGUUGGCUGAGCUGUUUCUGGAGAUGCUGCAGAGGGAUUUUGGGUAUAGGAUUUAUAAGAUGCUGCUGAGCCUUCCUGAAAAGGUGGUGGCCCCGCCUGAACCUGAGAAGGAGGAGGCGGCCAAGGAAGAAGAAACAGUCAAGGAAGAGGCUGCCAAGGAGGCCAAGGAUGAGGUACAGAGUGAGGGCACGGCUGCCGAGUCAGACGCCCCCCCGAAGGAAGAUGGGCUUUUGCCCAAACCUCCAUCUUCUGGGGGAGAGGAAGAAGAGAAACCCCGGGGUGAGGCAUCCGAGGACCUCUGUGAGAUGGCCCUCGACCCAGAGCUGCUCCUCCUGAGGGAUGAUGGCGAAGAGGAGUUCGCAGGAGCCAAGCUGGAGGAUUCGGAGGUCCGGUCGGUUGCCUCAAACCAAUCAGAGAUGGAGUUCUCUUCUCUUCAGGACAUGCCCAAGGAGCUGGACCCCUCUGCUGUGCUCCCUUUGGACUGUCUUCUUGCUUUUGUCUUCUUUGAUGCCAACUGGUGUGGCUACUUGCACCGGCGAGACUUGGAGAGGAUCCUGCUCACCCUUGGGCUCCGGCUCAGUGCAGAGCAGGCCAAACAGCUGGUCAGCAGGGUGGUGACCCAGAACGUCUGCCAGUACCGGAGCCUUCAGUACAGCCGGCAGGAGGGUCCAGACGGCGGGCUGCCCGAGGAGGUGCUCUUGGGAAACUUGGACCUGCUGCCUCCUUCGGGGAAAAGCAUGAAGGUGGCGGGUGCCACCCCCACGGAACACAAAGGCCUGGUGUCCCACAACGGCAGCCUGAUCAAUGUGGGGAACCUGCUGCAGCGUGCAGAGCAGCAGGACAGCGGACGGCUCUAUCUGGAGAACAAGAUUCACACACUGGAACUGAAGCUGGAGGAGAGCCAUAACCGGUUUUCGGCCACGGAGGUCACGAACAAGACACUGGCGGCAGAAAUGCAGGAGCUCCGGGGCCGGCUGGCCGAGGCUGAGGAGACAGCCCGGACGGCUGAGCGCCAGAAGAACCAGCUGCAGCGACUGCUCCAGGAGUUCCGGAGGCGCCUGACCCCGCUGCAGCUGGAGAUGCAGCGGAUGGUUGAGAAGGCGGACAGCUGGGUAGAGAAGGAGGAGCCAGCACCUAGCAACUGAGGGGCCUGGCGCAGGAGCUGCCCUCCCGGGAGGUCGGCGAUGGAGCCUGCUGACAUUAGAGCCCUUUUGGUUCCAGAAAGAAGCUGGAGCAGGACCUGGGAGCCAUAGGCAGGGGUGGCUGACCCCUGUGCUCAGCCUCCAUAGAGGAGCUCAGGCCAUCAGGGUGGGGUCUGUGCUAUGUGCGACGGAUGCGUGGGGAACCCCGGUUCCACUUAACAACUAAAUCCAACACCUUCUGCACCCCUCGAAUGUCAUUUUGCCCUCCACCUUGGGAUUUCUCCUGGGGCCCUUUAGUCUUGUGCUUUCUCCUGUCCUCUUCCAGUUUAGAAUAAGACAGGGGAGGGAAAGGCUUUUCAGAUAUGUCAUUAAGGUCUGAUGCCAAUAAACUGAAGAAACAGCCAUGGAAUCUGGUCGGGGCUGAGCCCUCCCUCUGGAUGGCACAGGUCCUGCUAGGUGCAGGAGCAGGUUCUUGGGGGAAGGGUCUCCCCUUGGCUGUCGCAGGAAUGGAGUCCGUGCUAGUGAACUCUUGGUGUUGGGCUGUGUCUGCCAGAGAGCACUGUGUUCCAGCCACCCCAGACUUGCCAGAAGAAACCAGCACCUCCCCAUGUUCAGAAUGUGGUAUUGGCUCUGGCCCAGCCUUUUUCCCUGUUCCCCCAUAAGUCUUUCCAUAAUCCGUGGUUUCAGUUUGACUUUGUAUAUAAAGUUGGUUUUUUUUUUUUUUUUUUUGGCUUUUUGUUUUUUAAAUAAACCAAAGUCAAAAACAA